UCACCAGCCAGAGGGAGACGUUAACACCUCCAGUCAGGAUGAGUUCCCUGACCUCUGACCCUAACCAGACAGACGUCAACACCAUCAUCCGACCCCCUUACUUCUUCAUCAGUGGUUUCAUAGCCAUCCAGAUGAAAUACUACUACAUCUUCCUCUGUUUUGUUUACAUCAUCUCUCUGGUGGGCAACACCUUCGUCAUGACUGGCAUCUACGUGGACCGCAGUCUCCACAGCCCCAAGUACAUCGCUGUGUUCAACCUGGCCUUCACAGACGUGUGUGAAAGCACGGCCCUGGUCCCAAAGCUGCUGGACAUGUUUCUGUUCAGCAGACAGCUCAUCUCCUACGACCAGUGUCUCACGAGCCUCUUCUUCGUCUUCCUCUUCAUCACCAUGCAGUCCUUCAACCUCACCAUCCUGUCCUAUGACAGACUGGUGGCCAUCUGCUACCCGCUCAGGUACCACAUGAUGAUCACUCACAGGUCCAUGCUCCAGCUGACGGGGGCCGCCUGGGCGUUUGCUGUGUUGAUGGUGUUGAUCUCUGUGUGUCUCAUCACCCGGCUCUCUUUCUGUAGGUCUCUGGUGAUCAACAGCUACUUCUGUGACCACGGUCCCCUGUUCCGCCUGGCGGCCCCCUGUUCUGAUGUGGUCCCUAACAUAGCGAUGAGCAAAAUCAACCCCUGUAUAGUUCUCUAUCUCCCAAUGAUCUUCAUCAUAUCAUCAUACAUCUGUAUAACACACGCCCUGUUCACCAUCACACUGCCCCAGGACAGACUCAGAGCCAUUAAGACAUGUACCUCACACCUAAUACUGGUGGCCAUAUUCUACCUGCCCAUUAUUUUCACGUACUCUCUCAACACCAUCAUACCAACCAACGCCCGGAUCAUCAACCUCUCCCUGACCUCGAUACUGCCACCAAUGCUCAAUCCCAUCGUAUACGUUCUGAAGACGGAGGAGUUUAAGGUAUCGGUCAAGAAGAUGCUCAGAAGAGGGGCCCAAAGAGCUGUGACGCAGGUCAAACCAACAUGA